AGAUUGAGAGAAAAGCGCUUCAGCACAGCGUACACCGCCAUACUGUAUUUUAUAGCAUAUCUCAUUUUUAUUGCAACGUUUUACUCCCGUGCGGAAGGGCUUCGGAGGAGAAUGACCGGUAAGAGUCAGACCAGCAACGUGACCAACAAGAACGACCCCAGGUCGCUCAACUCCAGAGUCUUCAUCGGCAACCUCAACACGGCCAUCGUCAAGAAGACGGACAUCGAGGUCAUCUUCGCCAAGUACGGGAAGAUCGUGGGCUGCUCCGUGCACAAGGGCUUCGCCUUCGUGCAGUACCUGAGCGAACGGAACGCCCGGGCCGCCGUUUCCGGGGAGAACGCCCGCAUCAUCGCCGGGCAACCGCUCGAUAUAAACAUGGCAGGGACCAAACCAUACAGACCCAAGGCAGGAUCCAAGCGGCCUAUAUCAGCUGUGUACAGCGGCUACGAGUUUGAUUAUGACUACUACAGGGAUGACUUCUACAACCGGCUGUUUGACUACCACGGCCGCGUGGCCCCCCCUCCCCGCGCCGCCAUCCCUCUGAAGCGGUCCCAGGUGGUGGGGCCCUCCACGCGCAGGGGGAAGACCUUCCCCGUCAAGAGCUCCUCCUCUUCCUCCCGGCUGGCCACGUCCAGCUCCUCCUCCUCCUCCUCUGGGCCCAAAUGUAGGUCUGCUGCCCUCCAGACGAUCAAGCGGGAGCUGACACAGAUCAAAACCAAGAUCGACUCGCUGCUGGGACGCCUGGAGAAUGAGAAGCAGCAGCGGGUGGAGGCGGAGGCUCAGAGGAAGUACGAGGAUGCGUGUGAGUCUCUGCAUGAGGAGUCCGUGUCGGAGACGGCGGAGAACUCUGGCGAGGAGGCGGGGGAGGGGGUGGACACGGAGGCGGGGGAGAUGACCGACGGGGGCGAGGAUGACUACGACGAAGAGGGCAGCAACGACCUGGUGAUGAGGGGGAGGGGGUGUGGGGGGGGUGUUAUGGGUAAGAGGAGGUGGUCUCACUGA